CUCCUCAAUAUAUAUAUAUAUAUAUAUAUAUAUAUUUUACAGGUCUAACCAUCACACCAAUAUAAAGAUCUUUGAACACUAUACGGACUUAUGCAGUCACUUAUUAAGCAGAAAGGACAUCAUGGACUCCUUAAGGAAUAAGAAAUUUGACCUGCUGUUUUUGGAUGUAACAGAUCCUUGUGUUUUCUUGAUUGCUGAGAAACUUGGGAAACAAUUUGUGGCCUUUCUUCCCUCUCUAUUUAGCAUUAUAGACUAUGGGCUACCAAACCGUUUGUCUUUUGUCCCAGGAUUUGGUUCCAGUUUAACUGACCAAAUGGACUUCUGGGCCACAGUGAAGAACUUCCUGAUGUUCCUUGAUUCAUCCAUGAAGAAAAGAGAAAUACUUUCUCAAUAUGACAGCACCAUCCAGCAGCAUUUUGCAGAAGGCUCUCGGCCAGUUUUGUCUGACCUUCCACAGAAAGCAGAGUUGUGGUUUGUUAGCUCUGACUUUGCCUUGGAUUUUCCUCAUCCUGUGCUUCCCAACAUCAUCUAUGUGGGAGGCUUAACGGACAAACCUGUUAGACCAAUACCUCAAGACUUAGAGGAUUUUAUCAUUAAGUUUGGAGACUCAGGUUUUGUCCUUGUGGCACUGGGCUCCUUAGCAACCCAGUAUCAGACCAAGGAACUUAUUAAGGAGAUGAACAGUGCCUUUGCUCGCCUCUCUCAAGGGGUACUGUGGGCAUGUAAGGAUGCUCAUUGGCCCAAAGAUGUCAGAAUGGCUCCUAAUGUCAAAAUCAUGGAUUGGCUUCCCCAGACUGACCUUCUGGGUAAGCACCUCCUAGACCUUUUACUUUAUUUCUGUUAA